UUUGCUACUAAUAUAUAUACAUACAUACAACAAACACGAGAUAUAUGCAAAUUGAAGUUGAGUUAUGUUGGGGAAUACGAAGCAUGAUGUGUUCCUCAGCUUUAGAGGAGAAGACACGCGCAACAGCUUUACCAGUCAUCUUUACGCAGCCUUAUGCGCUAAAAGGAUCAAGACUUACAUGCAUGACACGCGCGGUGAUGAUGACGGAGGAGAAGAGAAAGAAGCAAUACAACAAUCAAAUAUCUAUGUCAUCAUUUUCUCUCAACACUAUGCCCAUUCGGUGCGGUGUUUGGACCAACUCACAAAGAUUCUGGAAUGCAAGGAGAGAUAUGGAAGGGAUGUCAUACCUGUUUUCUAUAAGAUGGAUCCAUCAAAUGUUGCCAAUCAAACAGGCAGUUAUGCUGAUGCGUUUGUUAAGCAUCAACAACGAUUUGGAGACAAAGUGCAGAGGUGGAAGCUUGCUCUAACUCAAGUUGCUGGAUUAUCUCCCCCUCUUUCAAAAAUAUACAGUCCUGAUUACAUACUUGUUGAAGAAAUUGUUCAACACAUUUGGAGAAGAUUGAAAAGCAAUUACUCAACUGAUUACCAAGGACUGGUUGGAAUUCACAACCAUAUUGCACAAAUCCACUCCUUGUUGCAUGUUGAGUUAGAAGCCGUUCGGAUCAUAGGAAUAUGCGGCAUUGGAGGAAUAGGUAAGACAACAAUUGCUGGUGCAUUGUAUCAUGAAUUGUCAUCCCAAUUCAGUUUCAGCACUUUUGCUGUAAAUGUUCAACAACAAAUAGAAAACCAUGGGAUGCAGCACACACAAAGCAAAUAUAUAUCAGAGCUUCUAGAAGAAAAAAUGCCUGCAGAUUCUUUGGGAUUGAGAGUGUUAACAGAAAAGCUUAAAGUGUCCAAGGUUCUCCUCAUUCUUGAUGAUAUGAACAAUUCAGCUCAAAUAAGAGAUUUCAUUGGAGGACAUGGUAUCUUUGGCCUGGGAAGUAGGAUCCUUGUGACAAGUAGGAGCUUGCAAACGCUUAAGGAUGCUGGAGUUGAUGAGAUGUAUGAGAUUAAGGAGAUGAACUUUCAAGAUUCCCUACAACUAUUCUGUUUAAAUGCCUUCAAGCAAAAAAAUCCAACAGAAAAUUAUAUGAGCUUAUCAAGAAUGAUGUUAAGUUACGCAAAAGGGAUUCCUUUGGCUCUCAAAGUUUUAGGAUCAAUGCUUCAUGGUAGCAGAGAGGAAGAAUGGGAACGUGUAUUGCAAAAGCUUGAAAAGAUUCCCAAUCUUAAAACUUAUGACUUGUUGAAACUGAGUUAUGAUGGGCUUAGUGAAGAACAGAAGGAUAUGUUUCUUGACAUAGCUUGCUUCUAUAGAGAGGGACAUGAUGUGAAUACUGUAAAACAAGCAUUCGAUAGCUGCGGUUUCAAUGCUGCCACUGGAAUCAGAGUUCUCAAUGAUAGAGGCCUCAUAUCUAUGUUGAGAGGUGAACUGAUGAUACAUGAUCUAAUACGGGAAAUGGGUCAGGAAAUAGUUCAUCAACAGUGUGCUAAUGAACCUGGAAAACGAAGUCGAUUAUGGAAGCAUGAAGACAUUUACCAUGUUAUAAGAGAAAACAAGGGGACGGAUGCUAUCCGGUGUGUAUUUCUUGACAUGUGCAAAAUCAAAGAAGUUCAACUACAUCCUGAAACUUUCAAAAUGAUGCAUAAUCUGAGACUGCUCCAGUUCUAUAAGUCUAGCUCAACUCAAGCCUUAAAAGUGCGCCUUCCUGCAUUUCUUCAUAGUCUCCCAGAUAGUUUAUGGAUUCUGUGUUGGAAUGGCUUCCCUCAAAGAUCUUUGCCACAGCACUUCUGCCCCAAAAAUCUUGUUACACUCGACAUGUGUGAUAGUCAACUUGAACAACUUUGGGAAAAGGAUCAGAAGUUACCAAAUUUGAAAAGACUUGACCUCAGUGGUUCCAAGAACCUUGUUCAACUACCAGACCUUUCCCACUGCCCAAAUAUUGAAGAAAUAUUUCUCAGCCACUGCAAAAGCUUGGUUCGAGUUUACUCCUCAAGUUUCCUUAGCAAGCUCAACUGCGUAUGGCUAAACGGCUGCACUGAGCUUAGAAAUCUAAAUCUUCCAAGCAACAUUCUGUCAAAAUCUUCAGGCUUAAUAGUUCUCAAUGACUGUAGCAACCUUGAGUUGUUUUCAAUAAGCAUCACCACAAAGGAUGUUGUGUUACAUGGUUGUUCCCGCAGUAGAUCAAUAGAGAGUCUCUUCAGAAACUGUUUGCCAGGGUCUAUGAUUCGGUGUAUGAUGGGAACAAGAGGAGGGUCCUUAUUUGAGAGCUUUUCUGACACUUUUGACCCCAAUGGGGGUGCUGCUGCUAAUUUAGAUGAUGAACCAAUGGAUAAUAUACACUUACUAAACUUGAAAGUGUUAAGGGAAGGUUCACCUUCAUCAUUAUUUCCAAGUCUCUCAGAGCUUUGUUGGUUAGAUCUCUCUUACUGUGAAUCCCUCACAUCCCUUCCAAUUAACCUUUUUAAGCUGAAAUGGCUAAGAAAACUAUAUCUUCGUGGCUGCUCAAAUCUCGAGAAGCUCCCUGAGAUAGAAGAGGAUAUGGAAAAUUUAAUGGUGCUCAUAUUAGAUGAAUCAGGAAUACAAGAAUUAUCUUCAACAAUGCAAAAUUUGGUAGGUCUUGAGGAGUUGAGCUUGCAUGGUUGCAGAAGCCUUGUGUUCAUUCCAUCUUCAAUUGGACGUCUCAGCAAACUCUGCAUUCUUGAUCUUACCUACUGUGAAGCACUUGAAUCCCUUCCUAGCAGCAUUUUCAACCUGAAGUUGACAAAGCUUGAUUUGCAUGGUUGCUCAAUGCUGAAGAAUUUACCAGAGAUCACGGAACCUGCAGAGUCUUUUGCUCACAUGAACCUGGCAAAAACAGCAAUUAAAGAAAUACCCUCAUCCUUGGCCUAUUUGGUUGGGCUUCAAACCUUGCAGCUCAACUUGUGCAAAGAUCUUGAGUUUCUUCCAAACAGCAUUGGUAAUCUAAACCUUCUCUCCAAGCUUGAUUUUUCAGGUUGUGAGAAACUCUCAGAACUUCCUAGUGACAUUGGAAACUUGUCAUCAUUAAGGGAAUUGUCGCUGCACGAAAGCAGCAUAGUGGACCUUCCUGAGAGUAUUGCUCAUCUUUCAAGCUUGAAAUCACUGGAUUUAAGUGAUUGCAAGAAGCUUGAAAAUAUCCCCGGCCUUCCACCAUUUUUAGAACACUUUGUGGCGUUUGAUUGCCCAUCUGUUAGGAGAGUGUCAAGUUCAGGAUUUGACAUUAAACUUCCAUCAGAUUCCAAAGAUGGUAUUUUCAAGUUUCACCUUACCAAUAGCCAAGAACUGACUCAAAGUUCUCAGAGUAAUAUUGCUGGUGAUGCAUGGCAAAGAAUGCUAGAUACUGCAUAUAGGUCUGUGUUGUUUUGCUUUCCAGGGAGUGCAGUUCCUCAUUGGUUCCCUAAUCGUUGCAAAGGACAUUCAGUAACAUUGAAGCAGAGUUCUCUAAAUUGGUGCAGUGAUAACAGGUUCAUUGGUUUUGCUUUAUGUGUGGUUUUUGGACUUGAAGGCAUGCAUGAUGAAGAAUGUAAAUAUAGUGUUUUUAGCUAUAGAUUCACAUAUGAAUGUGAUGAUGGCAUUCAUGUUGUUCCCAGCAAUGAUCAGCUAAGAUACUAUUUCAAUUGGAAGGGCAGAGAGAGAUUCAUUCUUCAUGAUCACACAUUCAUUUGGAAAUCUUACUUGGAGACUCAGACCAUCAACCACAUGCUGUCUCAUAAUGCACACAACUUCAGUUUCCAGAUAUGCAAGUAUGAUGUUGGUCGCUCUUGGCCAAAUUAUAGGCCAAGGUUCAAUAUAAAGGAGUGUGGAAUAUCUCCCCUUUAUACCAACUGAUUUAGGAUCAUUUUCUAUUUCUUGUAUUCUGUAUUAUAAUUGUAAUAACUCAAUCACAUUUAUUAGCUUUUUGGAGAACAUUCAGAAUGUAUUGUAGGUUCUAUGAAUCUAUAUAAAAGAACA